AUGGAUUAUAAGAAAAAAGUAGAUGAACUUACACAUUUGUGUGACCAGUUGAAGGAACAACUUGCUACAAAAGAACUUAAUGAGUAUGAACAAGAAUCGCUUAUCAGGGAUUUGAAGAGUCAACUAAAGGAGAUGGACGAUGUUGAAGAAAAACUCACCCUGGCUAAUCGAAAUGCAAGACUCCUUGAGGAAGAAAACAACGAUCUUCUUAUGCAACUAAAAUCAGGGGAAUUGGGAACUGGAAACUCCUCGGCCAUUCGACCAGAAGCAAUGAAGCUAAUAGAGGAAAACCACCGAUAUCAGAAUGAUAAUCAGGAACUUCGUGCAUCACUUAUUAAGGCAAAUCAACGUGAACAACAACUUGAUCAGAAAUGUAAGGCUCUCCUUGAAUUACAAGAAAAAAAUGAAACUCAAUUGUCACUUUUAAAGAAACGAAAUGGUGAAAUUGAGGAGCGAUUGCGUGAAGAGCAAAAUCAAUUUUCACUUGCUAAAGAAAGCUGGGAAAAUGAAAAGGCGCGAUAUUCGCAAGAUUAUGAAGACUUACUUGCUUCAGUACAACGUCUUGAUGGAGCUACACAACAACGAGAAACUCGUGAAAUUAAGGAUCGUGGAAAUGAAAGAAAUCUUCAGGAAGAACUUCUUAAAGAAGAUAUUGCUGAACUUGAGAAUAAAUUGCGUCUUUCAGAGGAACGUUUUCGAGCAAAAGAACGAGAAUGGAAAGAAAUUGAAACAUCACUUCAAAAUGAAAUAGAUUCACUCAAGGUAAAAGAUCAAGAUGGUAAAGAUGUAUAUCGUGUAUUUCAAGAUCAAUUGGACUCUUUUAAACAAGAAGUAACAGCUUUUCGAGGGGAACGACGACCAAGUCGUGCAAUUUUGACUCUUCCUAUGGAAGAAUUAAUAGCAGACGACGUUGAAGAUGAUAUGAAUGAAGUUGAAGCAGAUUUAAAGUCAAAGGAAGGAAAAAUUGAAGCACUUGAAACAAUGAAUCGAAAUUUGAACAAGAAAUAUAUGGAUUCCACUAAUGAAAAUGAGAGACUACAAGAAGAAAUUGAGCAUUUACAAGAGAUAAAUUCUCAUCUUGAGGAGCGAGCAAAUGAACUUGAGGUUCGCGUUAAAGAACUUGAAGUGCUAUUAGUUUCUGCACCAAAAGGAUCUGUUCCUCCUAAAAUUGUUAAGUUGGAAAGAGAAAAAAAUAAUGAAUUUCUUGAUGAUGAAGAAAAAAAAAUGAUUUUAGAAGAAAAUAAGGAAUUACGUUCUAUUUUAUUGAAGUAUGAGGAAGAGAUUUCGCAGUUAAAAGCUGGACAUGAACAACAGCUCGCUGCUUAUAAUAUUCGCCAAAAUGAGCAACAAGGACAAAUUGCUGAACUUCUUCGACAAAAUGAUAUUAUGAAACAGCUUGCAUCUGCACGUAAUUCCGGAAAAGUUUCAAAUACUGAGCGUCCACAAGAACGACAUGAAAUGUUGUGGAAAGAAAAUGAAAAGAAUUUAAGAAACAAGGGUAACUUUGAUUCUGUUAUUGUUGUUGAUAAAUUAUCAAAAGAUAAGAUGGAUUGUGUCGAAGAUAUUAUGAAACUUCUUGAAGCUGCAUGGGCAAAUGAAGAAGAGUUUAAAAGACAACUACAGAAAGCUUCUUUUCAACAAUUUCCAGAUAAUCAAUCAAUUGUUGGGAAUGGUGAUCAAAGUGCCAAAGACGAUGAACAACGUCAAAGAGACUUGUAUCGUUAUCAAUCUGAAAUAGAUCGACUGAAUGAUCAAAUUGAUUUUUUGCAACAAGAUAAUAAGUCCAAGGAAAAUAAAAUUCAAGGUCUUCAAGAUCGUUUGAAUCUUUUGGAAGAACGUCUAAAAGAUGCAGAACGAAAUAUGGGAAGAGAACAAGAAAAUCCUAAAGAAAGCGAUAUGGAAAAACGAGUGAAAAUGCUUGAAUCUGCAGUUGCACAAAAAGAAGCCGAUAUUAAUGGUCUUUCAAAAUCAAAGGAUAAAAAACUUCAAGAUUUGAAUGAUCAACUGGCUAAUUUGAGGAACGCAAAUGAUGGGUUAUGGAAACAACUUCUUGCACUUCAAGAUGAAAAACAAGAAUCUCAAAAACGUCCAUCAAGUGGUCGUUCUCCAAGAACUCCACGAGGCAGUGUUAACCGUCGUUCUAUGGAACAUUUGGUUUUUUCUCAACCGUCUACUCAAAUGUCUGAAGAAAGAAGAAGGACUGUAGUUGCUGACGGAGCCCAUCUUGCUGUCACUAUUGUGGAACUUUCAGAUGUUAUGAGAAAUGGAAAACCUAUUACUGAACCUGGAUAUAUUAUUAUAAAAGUCAAAUCAGUAAAAGAAAAAUAUAAGACAUCUGUUAAAGAGUUGGCAUCUGUAAUACGAUUUGAUGAGACCUUUGUCUUUUACCUUGCUCAACCUGAUCAGGAUGUGAUUACUCUUCAUGUUUUUUACAGAGCGAAGAGUAGUUCACGUGAAUAUCAUAUUGGGGAUGCAUCUUUUGCGAUGGCUACAUUACAUCGUGGAGUCCCUCGGCAACGUAUCGCUAUCGUUGCUCAAAAUCCUGGCACAAAGGAUGCACAAAGAGCAGCUCAAGUUGAAGUUAUUAUGCAGAGUGACGAUUUCGGUAAGCUUACAGUUCCGACUGAAGCAGAAAUUGAGGAUGAAAAGUUGCGCUUUUGUGAACUUUUAAGGAGAGUUGAGGUAACUGCUCCAGAGAAUCUUCAUUGUGUUGAUGUUCUGAUGGCUACUAAUGCUGGACAAUAG